AUGCAUUUCACAACAUUCCCUUUCAGCGCUGCUGUGCUCGCUACUUUCUUCUCUACUGUCAACGGGGCCAACAUCCUUAUGACUAAUGAUGAUGGCUUUGGAACCGCCAACAUCAGAGAGAUGUACAAGGCCAUGAAGGCUUACGGGCAUAACGUUUUUAUCGUUGCCCCAGCCACAGACCAGAGCGGCAAGGGUGGUUCCCUGACCUCUGCUACUACAGCGAACCUGACUGAGGAUACUGAGUUUGGCCUUGUUAAGGCUGACGCUCCAUCGAUCGGUCCUGACCCCCUGGAUGAUCACAUUUGGUACUACGAUGGUAGUCCUGUCGCGGCCACCUCUGUAGGAACUGACUACGUUCUCCCCAAGUUUGGGGUGUCAAGUCCAGAUCUUGUGAUGUCAGGACCCAACUACGGCGAUAAUGUUGGAAUCCCUGCCAUCGCCUUUUCCGCGGCAAACGGAGCAUCUGAAUCUUACAAAGACCUCAAUGCUUCAACCUCUGUUGGGCUCAAGGACCCCCAAAUCAUUGCGGGUAAGGUAUUGGCAACCUUCGCGAAUGAUUUGAUCAAGAAGCAGAAGGGCGAGCGCCUCCUGCCUCUUGGUUACGGAAUAAAUGGCAAUAUGCCAGAAAUCACAUCCGCGACGUCCAAUGACUGCAUCGAUCCCCCGUUUAUUCGCACUCGCAUGAUUGAUGAAGCAUGGACUCUUGGUGUUACUUACGGCGAGGCCACUGGACUCUUCACAGAGUACGAGAAUGCCUCGGCACCUGCGCUGGACAUUUGCAUCAACGGUGAUUGCGACCUCCCAUCAGAGACCAACCUCAUUUCCACAACCUGCAAAACCGCUGUGAUAAUCUUCAGCAUUGACUAUGAUGCACCGUCGUGCCCUUUUCAAUAUUGUUGA